AUGGGAUGGGUGACAGGCUGUCCAGCGUUAUAUGAAGCCCAUCCGGAGUACCUCAACCUGUGUUUACACAUAUCCAGCAUCUCAUAUCCAUGGCACCAGGCAGCGUGUCCUUAUAACGGCAGUCUCGCCCUACCAUACAACAGCCUCAUACAUGACUUCAUAAUCACUUUACUAGAUGUAGGACAAACAUACUACAUUGGUCUAAGUGAGAUCCAGAAUGAUCUGCAAUGGUUAGACGGCGCGUCAUUUUCUGGGAUGUUUGAUGUCUGGGGAAAUCUGACACACAUUCCUGAUGGCUGUGCUUUCUAUUAUCAUCAGUACCAAUGGGAAUGGGACAUGUCAAACUGCAGUGUGUCGAGACCAUACGUCUGUGAAUUCUUGAUAGCAAAUAUGUCGACGAACAUAGGACUUUUUAAUGGAAUAGGGAUUGAGGGCAGAGUAGAAAUAUACCAUGACAACAGAUGGGGAACAGUAACGCAUCACAAUCCUCCCGAUUCUCUAGGAAUAGUCAUCUGUAACAUGCUGGGACUAACAUUAGUAGAUUUUAACGUGAGCUCCACAAUAUCGGAUGGCACUGGACCAAUCUGGCUUGAUGGAGUGAACUGUAGCAGUUUGCCGGCGACUGUCGAAGAGUGUGCAAAUCUAGAGAAUUUACCAUGGGGACCCAUGACUUCCCUUCAUACUGCGGAUGUAAAAGUACGAUGUGCAGUGCAAAUUAUGAGUUCCUCAUUAGCUUGCCUGGCUUCUACAACAACAACGACAACAACCAUGACGGAUUCAACGACGUACACGACAACGUCAUCGGUCACCGAAACGGUUACCAUGACGACCACGGAAAAAUUACAGCCAAGUAAAUGUAUACAGUCGACCACCGCAAAUCUACAAACACACUCGCCAUCAGGUAAAUCUUAUACGUAUUCUCUGAGUAUACAACCAUCUAGUGUUGUUUAUGGGACUGUGAAACCUUCAGUGUCCAGUAUAAAGGUAUUAGAGACACCAAAAUAUUCAAAGAGGUCUAGCGCCAUGUACUCCACUUUGACAAAGAAAGACAACAGACCAUCUGCAGUUGCCAUCGGAAGUUUCGGCGUCAUCAUACUUGUUAGUUUGAUUGUAAGUGCACUUUUUCUCGACCUAAUAACAAUUGACAAAGAACGACGAGUUUUCGAAGGUGGUGGAGAGGCGCCAAAAGGGCAUGAUAGGCAAAGGCGUUCUCCGGACGGACGAGAAUCCGUUGAUAAUGAACUAUCAACAUUUUCUGGAGCAUCUUCCAAUAUCUCCGUGAACGAGUCGGAUGAUUUGCGAGAUGCGGCAAGGAUAAAAACAAUAGAAACUGCUCAAAUACAUUCGACUACAAGAGGGUUGAAACUCGAAACGUUCGUUCUGAAGGAAGAUUUGUUGGACAUCCCUCGGACAAGCAUCCCUCCAGAUGAAGACACAGGGCACUUUGCGGCUUUUCCGAGUCGUCCUUUCAUUGGUGAUGUAAUGGACAUUCCGUCUCCAUUCCCUUAUACAGAAUCCGGCAAUGAGAUCAACUCAGAUGCAGCUAAUAUGCAAGUGCCCCGGGGUACAAAUUACAGAGAAGUUAUUCCUUGUACACCGUCAGCAGAGGAGUUGUACAAUAUUUAG